GAUCCUGAUGGUUCUGAUUGUUCUGAUGGUCCUGAUGGUUCUGAUGGUCCUCAUAGUUCUGAUGGUUCUGAUGGUCCUGAUGGUUCUGAUGGUCCUGAUGAUCCUGAUGGUUAAAUUAGACUGACAAACUGCGGCGCACAGAUCUGCGGCGUUUGACGCAGAUCCACACGAGCUGUUGUUACAGACACGAGAAGACUCCAGGUGAGAUUCAGGCGACUGCUGUUGCCCACAGAGAGGAUCGAGCACACAACCUGGAGGCGAGCGAGACGCUAACAGAUGCUGAUUAUGGAUUUAAUGAGCUCAAAACAUUUCUAACUGCUGUUUGUAUGCAGACAAAUAUUUCCAGUAUGAAAAGGAAGCGCCGCUCAGCUCAUGCAGGAUUUACAGGAGGAAAUCGAUAUGAGCUGGUUUCAAAGGUGAAACAGAUUACUGUGAACAAAAGAAGCAAUUAUACUGUUAUUAAUGAGCCAAAUAUUGAGAACUGUGGAAAUGCUGAUAAGGACGCUGCGUUUAUGCUCCUCUGCUUAUUUCUUUCAUCAGUUUGAUCUGUUUUUGAACAUUUAGCAGGAACAAGGAUGAAAAAGUGAAAUCCUUGUGCUGACGUGCUGGAGCCUCCACAUCUGUGUAGCCUGCAUGUCCACUUAAACUUGCUUUUUUAAAAACCUGUGACAUCCGUCAACUAGAAGUUUGAAGACUAAAGUCAGGCUGACUCCUGCUUUACUCCAAAGCUUGUCGAACAAAACUUUGACCUGGAAGCUUUAAAGAGACGUUUGUUUGGGUGCGUUCACACGUCACACCGCAGAGUCCGGAACAGGAGUUACUGCCAUACGGUCACAGAACGGCCACGAGGAGAGUUACUGCAGAACGUCACGAUGUCACGGUGAAGCUGACCUUAAAUGUCAUCAUGAUGUCAUUGCUUCCUGUGAGACCUGUCUGUGACGUUUUGUCAUGACUAAUGUUUGACAUGCCAAAAACCUGCUCAGUAAGGUCAUGAUGACCUUUAACCUUUAGUCUCUGGGACGUCCGCUGGUUUAGCUCCCGACGUUCACAUCAGGAGAAAAACACGGAGCACGUUGGAAGCUCUUUGUCUUCCUGUGAGCCUAAAGACUGAUCUGAUUUCAGCUGGAAGAUGAAGAUGCUCUCUGCGGUGGAGCGGAAGGAUGAGUGCUGGGAGCUGCAGUCGCUCGCUGCUCCCGACUGAGCCCGAAACCUGAGAGAGAGGGCAGGUCACAGGUUUGAUCCCAGGUGUCAGUCUGCAGCGCGGCCACACAGCGAGUUGGAGAGGAUCAUGGGACAUGUUCCACAGGUGACGCUCGCCGUUACAACCGACAAGUGAGUGAUAUUACAGAGCAGCCAUAAAAGCACAUGGUGCAAUCAGGCCUCCGUAAACGGGAUCGUUACCAUCGGGCGGUGUGUGCGUGACUCAUGCAUGAGCAGUCACACCAAGUCUGCACGCUCACUUCACGUGCACGCCUCGUUUUGGCUGCUUCACUUUGCACAUCGUACACCUGAAGAACGAGCACAUAGCUUAAACGCCAGAAAUGUGCGGACAGCUCUCGUAACGCACGUCUUUAAUAAUCCAAUAACACGCACUGCCUGUAAGUCCUUCGUCAGAGGUCUUCCUCCCGUGUGUCUGCCCACAUGUGGCCCGCUGUGCGUCUGUGGGGAAGGUGACCGCGUGUCCGACAGCUGUUUUCCCUCCAGCAGGUUCGCACUUCAACGUCCACACGUGCUGCUCGUCACCCCAAGAAGCUCAUUGGUUGGUUGGGUGGUGUGGAUGGUCUUCCUGCAGAGGCGCGGUGUCUGUGUGUGAGCUGCUUCAUCACCUCCGCCUCAUUCUUGGCCUGUUAGUACAGUAACCUCACAGAAGCCAUGUUAUUUGUCACAUGAUGUCAUUAAAAAGUUGCGUAGUGUGAAAUUAUCUCUAAGCUGUCAACAUGUUAUUUCCGCUGGAGCCUCUGCUGGACGCCAGAGGAACUGCAGCAUGUGGCUGUGCCUUUACUGAGUGCAGGUAAUCUGCGAUGUAACUUGAGGGUAAACUACUCUAGGAUGAAGUGAGUGUGACAGGAAGCUGACGGUAGUGAUGGCGAGUGUUUGUAACGCUCACCUGCACAGAGACGCUUUAAGGUCAUCGGGAUUUCACUUCAGGCUGAACGUGCUGAAGCUCAGAGCCUGAUGAGGGGGAGAGAUGUGCAAACAUUCACGGUCCGGACUCAAACUCCACCACAUCCAGUUAGAGCAUCCUCCCCUCCGCCCCUCCCCCCUCCCCUCCCCGCCAUCCUCCAUCUGCUACUGGCUCUCUCGCUCGCUCUCUCUGAAAGAUUAAGGCGCAAUAAGCUUAAUGGACCCUGACGUUACAGGAGAGAGAGAGGGGAGGGCUGCUGGUGUGUGAGAGCUGAGUGAGAUGCUCAGUAACCGUCGGCAACGCAACAAUGCCACACGACCACUGCAAACAGGAGCUCCUCGCCAUCUCCAAUGUUCCUGUGGCUGACGCCCCCCCCUCUCCGCCCCGCACCGCACCCCCCACCAUGAAGUCGGCUCAUUUCUUUGACAUGAUGGACAAGAUGGAGCAGGUGCCAGAAGCUGCAGAGAUGAAGACAAUCCCUCAGAGACAGAAGGACGACUACAUUCCUUAUCCGAGGAUCGAGGAGGUGUUGGAGAGGGGGGGGCCGUACCCUCAGGUGAUCCUACCUGAGUUUGGAGGCUACUGGAUCGAGGAUCCUGAUGCUCCUCCUCCCUCUGCAGCCAGCAGGGGGAAGGAGGAGGUGGAGGAGGAAGGAAGACAAGAGGAAGAGACCGCCCCAGGGAAUUAUGGGUACCAUCUGGAGGAGAUCAACGAGGCUGCUCGGGCGUACAGGAAGCACUUCUUGGGCAGGGAGCAUUUAAACUUCUCGUGCUCAUCGAGCAGCGUGGGAAACCUGCUGCUGUCUGUGAGACACGAGCAGGAGAAGGAGCACGAGCACCUCCUCGUCAUCAUCAGAUCUCGGGUGAAAAGCGUCUACCACAGAUUAUCUCUGGCAGAGCUGCCGGACAUCCCAAGUGUACCAGAGCUGGCCAAGCUGCUGUGCGACGAAGCGGCAGGUAUACGGUUCAGUCCCGUCCUGUACCCAAAGGCAUCUCAGCUAAUAGUGAACUAUGAUGAGCAUGAGGUGAACAACACCUACAAGUUUGGAGUCAUUUACCAGAGAUUUGGUCAGGUGUCUGAGGAGGAGCUGUUCAGGAACAACGAGGAAACGCCGGCUUUCACAGAGUUCCUGCAGCUGCUGGGAGACACAGUGGAUCUGCAGGACUUCAAAGGGUUUCGGGGGGGUCUGGAUGUGUCUCACGGUCAGACGGGGUCUCAGUCCAUCUACACGGUCCACCGGCAGCAGGAGAUCAUGUUCCACGUGUCCACCAAACUGCCCUUCACUGAGGGAGACGCCCAGCAGCUGCAGAGGAAACGGCACAUCGGAAAUGACAUCGUGGCGCUGGUUUUUCAAGAAGAGGCCACCCCUUUCGUCCCCGACAUGAUCGCCUCCAACUUCCUCCACGCCUUCAUCGUGGUGCAGGCGGAGGAGCCGUGCUCUGAGACCACCUCCUACAAGGUUUCCGUCACAGCGCGAGAGGACGUCCCACCCUUUGGCCCGCCCCUCCCCGCCCCUGUCUUUAAAAAGGGUCCAGAGUUCAGAGAGUUUCUUCUCACCAAACUCAUCAACGCAGAGCUGGCCUGCUACAAGAGCGACCGCUUCGCCCGACUCGAGGAGCGAACCCGCGCCGCCCUCCUGGACAGCCUCCACGACGAGCUGCAGAGACGCUCCCAGAGCAUGCUGGGAUUGACGUCAGGGCCGGAGGAGGAGGGCCGAGGGGAGAACGGACAGGCCCACGGAGGACUGCUGGAGUCCAUCAAGAGGGCGAUGCGAGGGAGGAGCGUCUCCAUGGAGACCAUGUCGAGGGGCGGGGUUGGACUGCCCACCAGUUUGAGUGGGGGGGGUCUGGCACACCUGAACGUGGAGUGUAACGUCAAGUCUCCCGUGAAGCGGCGCUCGGGACUUUUUCCUCGCCUGCUGAGCGUCGACAGCCAAACAGAGAAGCACAGCCAGAGGAGCCUCCUCGGUGAGCAGAGGAGCUUCGACGGCUGCAACCCGAUGCUGGAGGUGAGGCCAGAGCUGCCGUCCAACCCUAGCUCUCCAGAGGCGGGGCAGCGGGACAGGAUUCACACGAAGAAGGAGAGCAGUAAGAUUUCCAGGUCGACAUCCAGCACCUGCAGCUUCAGCAUCCCAGCUGACGACACACACCUGGCUGCGACGGUAGAAGGUCAGAGUUCAGCUCCGGUCAUCGUGUGCCGCAGCCCCACAGAGCUGAGAAACAAGAACUCGCCCAGAUCCAACCUGAAGUUUCGCUUCGACAAGCUGAGCCACUCCGCCGCAGUAAGUCUGUGUGACAGCCAAUCAGCACGCUCGCUGUUUACCUGGAUAUGCAGCUGAUUGGGCUGCACGACUCUCAGGACGUCACUGCUGUUUUUAAUUUUUGUUCAGUGUGAUUUUUCAAGUAUGUUCUGUGUAAUCUGAUUACUGAGUGUGAAACCUUCCUUCCGUCUGCAGCAGGGACACUGAGCUGACAGGACGGCGCUGACAG